AUGUCCACCACUUCUACCACGGCACAACUUGCAACAAACUCUCCUUUCACUUCACAAGAGAAGACACAGUCUGGUCAAGGUGAAACAGUGAAAGUUCGCUCUUCCAAAUAUAUAAUAAGAACACUAUAUGCAGGUGGCGUUGCGGGCUGUGUGGCUAAGACAGUGAUCGCGCCGUUAGACAGAGUGAAAAUCUUGUUUCAAUCAAGCAAUCCACAGUUCCAAAAAUAUGCAGGGUCAUGGGUAGGUCUGUUUCAAGCCACUCGACAAAUAUACAAUGAUUCGGGACCGAAAGGUCUGUUUCAAGGACAUUCAGCAACACUCAUCCGAAUCUUUCCAUACGCCGCGAUAAAAUUUGCCGCUUUUGAACAAUUUCGUCAUCUUUUAAUGCCGACGAGGCAACAUGAGACGCGUUAUAAGAAUUUUGUGGCAGGUUCUAUGGCUGGCGUUACAUCUGUACUCUGCACUUAUCCGCUAGAACUUGUGCGUGUUCGGCUAGCAUUCGAAGUUCGCAAGGAUUCGCGUGUUGGCAUUAGAUCAAUAUGUAAACAAAUAUAUCAUGAAAGCGCUGCAUCACAUCGACGCUUUCUUCAUUUUUCAAUCAUGAAUUUUUAUCGUGGAUUAACACCUACUAUAAUGGGCAUGAUUCCAUACGCUGGUGUCUCUUUCUGGACACAUUAUACGUUAUCAGAAUUUUGUAGGACGACAUUAGCGAAUAUUACAAUAAAUCCAUCUUUAAUUGCUAGUAAAAAAGAUUCAAUAGACCAAGAAAGAAGGGUUCCAUUAAAAACAUGGGCAGAAUUGACUAUUGGGGGUCUGUCUGGCGCUAUAUCUCAAACAGUAUCGUAUCCACUCGAAGUAAUUCGACGUAGGAUGCAGGUAUAUGGUGCAAUAGACCCUUCGAGUUUUGUUAGUAUUCAACAGACAACGCGAAAUAUUUGGACCACAAGUGGAUUAAAAGGAUUUUUUGUAGGGUUAAGCAUUGGAUAUUUGAAAAUAAUACCUAUGAUUGCUGUUUCUUUCACGGUUUAUCACAGAAUGAAACUAUAUAUGGACAUAUAUUGA